UUCUUAGCAGACGCCCUUAUCAAGGGCGACUUACAAUUGUUACAACAUAUCACAUUAUUUUUACAUACUUUUUUUACAUUAUUUUUUUCACAUUAUUUUUACAUACAAUUCCCCAUUUAUACAGUUGGGUUUUUUACUGGAGCAAUCUAGGUAAAGUACCUUGCUCAAGGGUACAGCAGCAGUGUCCCCCACCUGGGAUUGAACCCACGACCCUCCGGUCAAGAGUCCGGAGCCCUAACCACUACUCCACACUGCUCUCAAUACUUUUAUGGCUGUUGGCAAAGGCUUGUAGCUUGAUGGUAGAUUUUUUAGAGAUGUCUUAGGGUGAGUGUGGAAACCCACCAAGCUAUAGAUACAGAGAUAAUAUAAUAUAUAGACGAUCCUUCAUCCCAACGAUGCCACUUGUGACGUACCAGUUGAGCUGUUUGCUUUGGACCCGCCCCCAGACUCCCAGAAACCAAUCAGAUUCCUUAUCUGAAUACCUUAAACUAGCGGCGUUGAUUUAAAAACUGAUUCGAGAAACUGCAAGGCGGCGGUCGCCAGUUUGGCUCCAGAUCCUCUGCAGUUUAACAGCAUGCCGGCUGUCAGCGCGGAGCCACAAUGGCGCCAGUUUCAUGCCACUUCUCUAUAAAUGGUUUUCAGUGUUCCUGUAUCGUAGUUCCGGCAAAACACGGGACGGGAGAAAGGUGGCAGUUCGGUUGCAAUUGAAUUCAAUAGAAAAAAAAAACAACGACGUCUGCAGUGAUGCUGCGGCUCAGCGACGCCACAGACAGCGGCUCUGAGAUCGAACCCGGCCCCCUGAAGGAGGAGACAUGCGAACCGGGGCCCCUUAAAGAGGAGGGGGGUCCGGAUUACGAGGAAGCAGGGCGGGGGUCUCCCCCUCCUUCUCCCCCGGCUGUCGAAGACGUGUCGGAGCUGGGGUGCAUCGUGAUCAAGCAGGAGGUGCUUUCGGAAUGCGGCGACACGGAAGAGGAGGAGGAGGCAGAUCUGGGAUAUCAUGAGGAAGGGCAGGGGGACGCUUCUGGAAAGGGAACGAGACGGGGAGGAGGAGGAGGAGGAUGAGGAGGAGGCGGCGGGGAGGAGGAAGAGAGGGAAACGACAUUCCUGUCCCGAAUGCGAGAAGUCUUUCAGCCAGUCCUCCCACCUCAAGGCUCACCAGCGCAGGCACGCGGGAGACCGGCCCCACGCCUGCCCCGACUGCGGGCGCCGGUUCUACGAGGCUCGGGGCCUCCGGUCCCACAUGCACAUCCACACGGGGGACAAGCCCCACCGCUGCGGGGAGUGCCACAAGAGCUUCGUCCAGCCCUGCCACCUCCGGGCACACCGGCUCACCCACACGGGCGACCGGCCCCACGCCUGCCCCGACUGCAGCAAAGCUUUCCCCGACGCCAGCCGGCUGAGAUCCCACAGGCUGGUCCACGCGGCAGAGAAGCCGUACGCCUGCCAGCAAUGCGGGAGGGGCUUCUGCAGCCCCUCCCAGCUCCGCAAGCACGGCCGCACGCACUCCGGGGAGAAGCCUUACCCCUGCCCGGCCUGCGGGAGAGCCUUCGCCAGGGCCGACGGGCUGGAGAAGCACUCCAGGACCCACACGGGGGAGAAACCGUACGAGUGCGGCGACUGCGGGAAGAGGUUCUGCGACUCCACGCAGCUGAAGAUGCACGGACGCACCCACACCGGGGAGAAGCCGUACGGCUGCCGGCACUGCGGGAAAGCCUUCGCCGGCUCCGGACAGCUCCGUCGGCACAGCCUGACCCACGCCGGCGGGCGUGGAGAGGAGGAGGAGGAGGAGAAGCUGUUCCCCUGUCCGGAUUGCGGCCGGGGCUACUCCACUGCUACCGGGCUGGAGAGGCACAAGCGGGUCCACUGCCCUUCCUCCUCCUCCUCCUCCUCCUCCUCCACUGCCCCAGGAGAGAAGCCUUACCCCUGCAGCGACUGCGGGAAACGUUUCCUCACCGCCUACCUCUUGAAGAGGCACGGCCCGGUGCACACGGGAGAGAAACCGUACCGCUGCCCGGACUGCGGGAAGAGCUUCAGCUGGGCCGCCAGCCUGGAGAGGCACCGGCGGACACACGCCGCCCAGAAGCCACACCCCUGCCCAGAGUGCCGGAAGAGCUUUUGCGACUCGGCCCGGCUCGCAAAGCACUGGCAGGCGGCGCACUCCAGGGAGCGGCCGUUCCGGCGCUCCGACUGCGGGGAGAGUUUUUCCGACGGCAGCGGGGUUGAAGAAGCACCGGAGGAUUCACGAGGAGGGAAAAAAGAGCGCACGGGUGCCUGAAACGCAGGAAAAGGAUUUGGGUCUCCGAGCGCACCCACACCGGAGAGAGAGAGAGACCGCAUCGCCGCUCUGAAAGGGUUCAACCGGCUCUCCAACCGCACGGCGCACCAGCAGCAAAGACACCAGGGAGAGAAGGGCACGCAGCGGGGAGGGUUCACCGGAAGAUCCGGGGUGUUUGAAAACGGAUUCCGGCAAAGAAGCUUUACUGAGUUCAAUGGCAAAAAAAAUAAAUUAAUUAAUUAAAAACGCUUCUGAGACUCAAGACUUGUAAGAAAAUAAAACAAUAAUAAUAACUAAGCUGUGUGCCGUGCGUUUCUGUAUUUGCCGUGUCUGUGGUUAUUAUUAUUAUUAUUAUUUGUUUAUUUAGCAGACACCUUUAUCCAAGGUGACUUACAGAGACUAGGGUGUGUGAACUAUGCAUCAGCUGCAGAGUCACUUACAACUACGUCUCACUCGAAAGACGGAGCGCAAGGAGGUUAAGUGACUUGCUCAGGGUCACACAGUGAGUCAGUGGCUGAGGUGGGAUUUGAACCGGGGACCUCCUGGUUACAAGCCCUUUUCUUUAACCACUGGACCACACAGGUGUGGGGUGUGGUUAGCAUUGCUUGGUCAGGUGAUUUUAGAAUAAACAGACUAAACGCUUGUUAAUGUGUGCAGCUGUUUGUGGUACUUUAUUUAGUGUAAUUGAAACUACAUAUGAUU